UUUCAAAUUUAGUGUAUUCUUAAAACUGUAUUAUUUUUCAGAAAUGAUAAAGCUCCUAGCUGAGAGAUCGAUGCCAUACAUUUUUGACAUCCGUGAUGCAAAAGGCCAUAUUCCUUUAGACAUUGCUUGUCUAUAUCAUUGCCCAGAAGCUGUUCGGAUUCUCUUGGCACAAGGCAAGAGUGUAUUUGGAAAAGGUGACCGACAGGUUUUAAUAAGUACUCUAAAUAACAGCAAAGCAUACAAGUAUGCUAUUCCAAUGAUAUCUCUGCUUUUAGACGCUGGUGCAAACAUUGACGCUGCCGACGAAUCUGGGAGAACACCAAUGGUAACUGCUUUAAGACGCGAACUGGUAGGUGCAGCAAAUUCCACUGCAGAUCAAAUCAUUUGUAUACAGAUAUUUCCAUGCUUUUGAUAGACCGAGGAUGUGAUGUUAAUAUUCCUUGGUUGAUGGGUGAAACUGCUCUGCAUAUUGCUGCUCAAAUAAACCACGAAACUUUAGUUAGAAAACUUCUUAUUUCUGGAAGUCACAUUGACAGACGUGAUGGGUUUGGGCCCCCAUUGUACUAUGCGUGUAAAAAUGGAAAACAGACAAUAGUUCAUUUACUCAGAAUUUGCGGUGCUAAUUUAUGGGCCGAAGAUUGGGAACAUCACUUCGAAUUCUGGAGAUGGAGGGAAGAAUUAAAUGAGAAAAACCAUCAGCUAUUAAAUUAUGUUUUUAGUGAAUCGAAGAAGUGUCUUACCUUACAGAACCUUUGCAAUGCAGCUAUUAGAAAUAUAGGAAAAUAUUCCACUGAACUCGGAUUACCAUCAUUGCUGGUUAAAUGACUACUAUUUCUAGACUGAUGGAAAUAUGUAGUGUAAUUUAUGGAUAUGUACUUAAAAUUGAAGUUUAUAAGUUUGCAAUUGAUAUGUGAUUUCUAAUUAUGAUUAAAUGUCUGAGGUAUAAAAUGUAAUAAAAUAGAAAAAAUAUAUAUUUAUACGUUA